AUCCACCACCACCGCCUCCCCAUCCACCUACCGUCGGUUCUCGCGUAUUAUUGUUGUUGUCUAGAAACCUCCGGGCUCUAUUCCAGUCCCCCACGCACCUCCCUCUCCCUCUCUCUCUCUCUCUCUCCGCAACCCGUCUUGAUUUCAAGCUCAACCAACCUUGUAAAAGCACGCCUUUCUGGUUUCCCUUGAUUUCCUUUUCCCCCAGCCUAAAUCUUCCGACAAUCAUGGGUGCUGUUCUGGUGGUGUGUUUAAUGCUUUUCCUGGCUUUGACUGGUCGCUCAAGUGCUACUUACUGUGUAUGUAAAGAUGGAGUGAGUGAUUCUGUUCUUCAGAAGAACAUAGAUUAUGCCUGUGGAGCUGGAGCUGACUGUACCCCAAUCCAUGAAAAUGGUGCUUGUUACAACCCUAACACUGUCAAAGAUCACUGCAGCUAUGCCGUCAACAGCUACUUCCAGAAGAAAGGCCAAACUACUGGCAGCUGUGAUUUUGCAGGCACUGCUGUGACUUCCCCUACUUCCCCAAGCCAAAGCAGCACAUGUGUUUAUCCUGCAAGUGCCAGCGCUGCCGGGACCCCAUCGACGGGGACCCCAUCGACAGGCACGGCCACGGGUCAACCCAGCACCACCCCUUCAACUGGAACAAACACGGGCACCGGCAGUGGCAUCGGCACCAGCACUUCUCCCUCAACCUUCGGGAUGGCUCCAAACGGGAAUGGAGGCAUCACCAACACCGACAGCGCCGUCAGCCAAAACCCGAACUUGUUUUGGCCUUUGAUUCUGACCCUUUUGCUCUCAGGGCUCCCGGCCAUGGCUUUGAGGCUCUGAAAUGGUGGUGGGGGGCUGGGGGGGAGAGGAGUUUGGAGGACGAUGUCUUGCCAUCAUCGCCGUAAUAGAGAUAUGAUGAGGAGGUGAAGGCCAUGGAUGGGGAUUCUUGAGAAGCAUGAAUCAUGUGGAUAGGAGACAGCUUCCACUAGCGUGAUUUUUGUCUUUGUAUGUGAAAAAGCUAGGAGGAAUUUGAUUCCUUUUGAGUGGGUACUGAUAUGCUGCUAGUACUUGUGGGUAGAAAGAGCCUCCAUCUCUUUCUUUCUUUCUUUCCAUCUUCUUCUUCUUCUUCUUCUUCUUCUUCUUCUUCUUUCCAUCUUCUUCUUCUUCUUCUUUUGUAGUAUAACUCACUAGAGAGAGAGAUGCCUGUAUUUUUUCUUUCCUUCUAAAUUUUAAUGAGGAUUUUCUGCCCCA